AUGACAUCGUCCGUGCGAACAGUCAGCGAGCCCUUUGUUCGUGUUCGCUUUGUACAGUUUUCUGUCGGGCCACAAAAUCAACAAUUGGAAAAUCUAAAACUACAAGUAGAUACGUACGAUGCCCAGCAAAUUUCAUCGGGUCGACCAAAAUUCCCUAAAUAUGAUAAGGAAAAGCAUCAUUUUCUAUUUGAAACACGUACAAAACAAGGGCGGCAAAUCGUAUUAGGGGUUUUUCAUGAUAUUAAAAAGACGAAUUAUACAUUUCAAACGUCGAUCGAAGAUUUGAUUCGAAAUGCAGACAACAUUAUUCGAGAAUACCGGUUUUCAGACAAAGGUCGAGCAUCAAUGUCUGUCGAAUUGAUCAUACCAAAUGAAAACGUACGUGACGCACAGCGAGCUGUGGAUAAUAAAAUACAUAAACAUUAUGGUCAUGAGUUUUUGCCAAAAUACUUCACUAUCUUACCUGUUUUUUGCAGUGAGUGUAAGAAAGUUUUAUGGGGUUUUAACAAGCCAGGCUACCGAUGUCAAUUAUGUGAUCUUGUCGUUCAUAAUGAAUGUAUUAGUCAAGUAACAGCUUGCAAACAAUUAGCACUUGUAGAUUCUCCAUCCCUUCCAACAAUUCCACAUAAUUUCGUUCUUGAACCAAAUUUUCGUCCAUUGUUCUGUGAUCACGAUGGUAAAAUAAUUCAUCCAUUACGAGCGUGGAAAUGUUCAGAAUGUGGGAUGAUUGUUCAUUCUAAAUGCAGAACGAACGUCGCGAAGUUCUGUGGAACAAGACAAAUGGUUGUGAAGAUGUACGAACAAUGGAAAGAACAAAAUCAACCGAAUAAUGCUGAGACAUAUCUAAUUGCCGAUGACUAUACAACGGAAGACAUCGAAGCGAACAAUAAGCAAUUGAUUAACAUUAAUGAUAGAUUACUACAUGAUCAGGAACGCACAGGCGCCAAGCAAGAUUUGAAUCGAAUUACAAAAAUCUUUGAAGGAUCUGGGAAUUCGAAUCAAACAAUAUCGCUUUAUUAUAACAAAAGCACUGCUCUGCUCAACGAGUUAACAUUUCACGCUUUGCUCGGACAUGGAAUGAGUGGAUCGGUCAAGCAUUCGAAACGGCAUUUUGCUUUAAAAGCACUUCGAAAACAUCGAAUAUUCGAAGCGAACGAAUAUGAUUGUAUGAAGAGCGAACGCGAUGUUUUACAUGACGUACGAGGAAACCCAUUCAUUAUUCGACUAUAUGCAGUGUUUCAUGACUUUCAACGUGUCUAUUUCUUGUUAGAAUAUGCACCGUGUGGAAAUUUUUAUGAUUUCUUAGUCAGAUUCGGCAGUGAAUUCGAUAAUAACUGUGUUAAAUGGUUUUCUGCACAUGUCAUAUGCGCGAUAGGUUAUCUUCAUUCCAAACUAGUAAUGCACCGAGAUUUGAAACCAGAGAAUGUUCUUCUGAUGCGCGAUGGGCGUUUGAAGUUAGCUGACUUCGGCUUUUGUAAACAAUUUACUUCACCGAAAGGAACAACUCAAACAUUUUGUGGAACAUGUGAAUAUAUAGCGCCGGAGAUUUAUCAGCAUUCUGCUUAUAGUUUUCCUGUUGAUUAUUGGUCCAUAGGCAUUAUGAUAUAUGAAAUGUUGAUGUUAAAAACUCCAUUUUAUCAUCCGCACGAAGUGGAGAUCAGAACUCAUGUGAUUAAUGGAGAUUUUGAAUAUCCAACUAAAAUCUCUGAUGAUUUGCAAACAGUCAUCGCUGGUUUAUUAACAAAAAAUCCACAACUACGUUUUGGAAUAAGUGACCUUCGAUCGAGCGAUUGCUAUUCAUCACCUUAUUCAUUAGAAGAUAUCGAACAAGGAGUUAUCAGAUGUCCAUGGAAACGACCAAUUCCAUUCAAUCCCGCACCGGAACAGUUUGCCUCAAUGCAGCCAGUUCGUCUGUCGCAAAUCGAUGAACAAUCUCUCUGUGCGACAUUGACGUUAAACAAAGAUGAUUUUCGUCAUUUGUCAUUUAUUGACCUAAUAGACGAAAAUGUACAAAAACUCCAUAUCCAAAUGACGACUACUCUACGAGCAAAAUUUUCACAUGCACAAUCAUGUACUUCGAAUAUGUCGCAAGACCCACAUCCAUUCUUACGUAUGCAAAUAUUGAAUUUUCAAGUCAAUAAUAGUAACCAAUUCGUCAAGCUCGCCGAUGUGCAAACUCAAGUUGAACUUAAAGAGAAAAAUCGAACAGCGCGCGAUAAUGGCGAAAAGCCGACGAAAGUGAAGUUCCCCAUGUAUAUCGAAAAAGAGAAAUGCAUUCCGUUCGAUGCUGGUCUACUGCAUAAAAUUAAACGACAAAUCGUUGUUCGGAUACAAUAUGAAAAUAUCAUGUAUAAAUUCGAAUCAGAUCUAGAUGCGCUGAAGAAGAUAGCUGAUGGUCAUAGACAUCGGUUUACUUUUACUCCACCGGCUCAAGCAGAAAUGAUUGUUAAAUACAAAGAUGCUUCGGGUCAAACUGUUCGUGAAACGGAUAUUCCGGAAGGAAAAAGUCGUUAUGCAGAACGGCGUCAACAAGUUUACACACAUUUCGGCCAUGAAUUCGUACCAAAAAUUUUCAAACUGCCAACGUUCUGUUCUGUCUGUUCGGAAUUUCUUUGGGGAUUUGCUUACCAAGGAUUUCAAUGCCAACGUUGCGAUUGUGUGGUACAUAGGGGAUGUUAUAGUCGAUAUGCGUGUCCGUGCCGAGGAAAAAAGUACCCAGAUUUAAAGAUUGAUGUUGCACAUCAUUUUGAUUUGCAAGCCUUUUCUCUGAAACCAACAUUCUGUGAUCAUUGCGGAAGUUUUAUUCGGCCUGGGCACGUUCAUAAAUGUUCACAUUGCACAAUGAUUAUUCACCGUCGGUGCAUCAAUAAAGUUGGCAAUUACUGUGGAUGCGAAGACAAUGUUUUAGCUUUAUAUGACAAAUGGAAAGAAACGCAUGAAAAUGAUUCAGAUGAUACGUAUCAAUACAAUGGAGAUUUAUAUAACAUUUAUUCGAGUUUGAAUAACGUCGAACGUGCCAACGAUACACAACAGGAAAUCGAACGGAUGUCGAAAUCUUACCGACAUAACGUAACGUCAGGAUUCAGUAUUGAUCAAGUCCGUUUGAUACGUAGUUUAGGACACGGAAUGAAUGGAGCUGUUUAUCUCGUUCAAUAUCAUCGAAAUUAUUAUGCGAUGAAAGUCUUACGGAAAAACGUGGUUUUGGAAGGACAAGAUCUCGGUUAUGUUAUGCUCGAACGACAAAUCAUGAUUCAAAGCCAGUCCAAUCCGUUUAUUAUUCAAUUAAUGUACGCCUUUCAAAAUGCGGAACGAUUGUUUUUCUUUAUGGAAGUAGCACGAGGCGGAAAUUUCUAUCGAAUUCUAUUAAAACAAACUCCACGGCCAUUCGCUUAUGAACGUAUCGUUUUCCACUCAGGUGAAAUUGCCUGCGCACUGGAAUUUCUUCAUUCGAAACGUAUCGCUUAUCGCGAUCUCAAACCAGAAAACGUUCUCGUUUUCGAAGAUGGCCAUCUAAAACUAGGUGAUUUUGGUUUAUGUAAAGACAAUAUCGAUCAAGCACCUCGCGCUACCACAUUUUGUGGUACCCAGGAAUACAUUGCCUACGAAAUUUACAAACAAUUUGAAUACGACGAGAACGUUGAUUGGUGGUCAUUGGGAAUCAUGAUCUAUGAAAUGUUUACAUUCAUAACACCGUUCUAUGAUGAAGAUGAACUGCAAAUUGAAGAAAAUGUUCUAUUGAAAGAUGUUUAUUACCCGGAAACAAUGUCCAAGGAGGCGAAACAGAUUAUUUCUGGUUUAUUGGAUCGUGAUCCCAAACGAAGACUAGGAAAUCCAUCUUCUCCAUUAGGAUUAUUAAAAGAACAACCAUUUUUCACAGCGCCGUAUACAUUAGAUAAUAUUGAAAACCGACGUGUAGCUCCGCCAUGGAAACCUACCUCUAUCACAUCACUUGAAUCAAGUGGUCCUGUUCCACGUCUAUCCGAUUUAGAACAAAAAGAUCGAGUUUUAUUACUAUCGACUCCUCCAAAUACAUUCCGAGGUUUUUCGUUUGUUAACCCCAAUCUGACACAGAAAACAUCUUGA